UUAUCCCCCAACAGAAACGCAAAAUGUCAACUGAACUGGAACAGUCCGUUGCUACAUCCGCACCAUACGAGGUGAGUAUGCUCUUUGCAACCGUCACGGGUUGUUUUCCCAGCACUGUGGAGAUGGUUUAGCUCUGCGCUCUUCAGUUUUCUCUCACCAGCACCAACCCCUUAUUCGAUGUUGAACCUCUUGUACUAACAACGCUGGAAACGAACAGGUGAUUGACACUGAUCCACACUUCAACAGGGUUGUUGGGUUCUUCCGUCCAUGCGACUAUGCUGCCUGGGCCAUUGGAACCGUCGCAAUGCCAGGUCUCUUCACCGUUUUCGAGCGUUUGGACCCGGUCAAUGGGCGCACCUUCACCAAGCCGUCACCAAGCGUAUUAAGAGUCACAACCUUGUUGGGAUUUGUCGGUGGGUUCCUGAUCGCCUACAACAGAUCUUCCCAAAGAUUCUUCGGACACACAGAAAACGCUAGGGAAGUUGCGAAGGACCGUUAUCAAGUCAAGAAGAACCUGAGUCAGGGCCUCCCAGCAUUUGGCCAGAAGCCUUCCAUCACCGCAGACCUUCAGGAGGUUGCCAUGCGCAACUCCAAGAACUCACAGUACGCGCUGUUCUUCUUCCCUUGGUUCUCCUUCUUCACACACGAGUACCAUGGCAUCGACCUGAAGAAGUACUACGAGGUUAGACCAGGUGAAGAGAAGUGGGAAUUCAACCUACCUCCAUACGAAGAUUUGGAGAAGAAGACCAUCUGAACCUGUAAAAGGCUCUACUCUACUUAUUUAUUUAUUUAUCGAACCUCAUUGUUUCUUAUUUAUUCCUGUCGUGCAACAAAUUCGUCAUCAUUAUAUAUCAAAAACAUAUAACAUCCUCCAUAUAUGAAAUCAUAUUAUGCUCUCCAA